AUGGACUCCUCUAUCCCUGCCACUGCGACCUCGGCCCUUUACAACUCCACCGACAGCCCUGUUCCGUCGAACGACCCUGUGCCUGCGCAUCAUGCAAACCCCGUCGUCGCGUUCAUAAUUGGCCUUGCUAUUGUCCUCCUCGCGUCCGUACUCAACGCCGCGGGCCUCAAUCUCACGAAAUUAGACCAUGUGCGGACCAGCGCAAUUCCCAAGAGUGCGCGUCGGCGAGACUGGUUACGACCUUUAUGGCUUCUCGGCAUGAUACUAUACAUCUUAUCACAACUCGUUGGAAGUACGCUUGCAUUAGAGUAUAUGCGCGCAGAAUACGUCGCCCCUCUCGGAUCCACUUCGCUAAUCUUCAAUUUCCUCUUCGCCAAGUUUCUCAUCAAUACCCCUGUCACGAAAUACGACAUCUACGGCACAGCUAUUGUAAUCAUUGGAGUAAUUGGCAUCGUUGCCUUCGGGUCUAUCAACAGCGGCCUCGGAACGGAGACGGACGCAAGUCACCUCACCGAACUCUGGACGCGUGGGGGCUGGCUAGCCUACUUCAUCUUCAUGACCUUCGCCCUCAUCUUCCUCUUCAUUUUCAUCUCCCAGUUGGAUCAGGUCCUUACGGCUCGCUCCGAUCUGAACGCGGAGCCCUUCGCAGGCAUGCGAGCCCGGGCAGGCGGACUUGUACCACCGGCAACACUCGGAGGCCGAUUGGUUGCGCGCUGGGAUAACGCGAUGAUGUGGACCAGGGAGAAGCUCGAACUGUGGACUGCACCACAUGACGACAAGCGCAUCGCCUGGACGCUGGGCAUUGGUUGGGCAUGCUGUGGAGGAGGUCUCGCCGGUGCAACGCUGGUGUUUGCAAAGGCUGCAGUGAAGCUGAUCUCGGGAUCUAUGUCGCACGAGAACACUGGCAACCAGUUCGGUCACGCGUCGGUCGUAUUUACCUUCAUUUUUCUCGCCGCGACUGCAGUGCUGCAGAUUGUCUGUUUGAACAAGGGUCUCGCGGUGUACGACUCGACACUUGUCGUCCCUGUGUUCUAUGGCGUUUACACGGGUCUUGGAUUCCUUGACUCUCUGAUAUUCAACGACGAGGUUGACGCCUACCACCCAUGGACCCUCUUCCUCAUCUUCCUCGCCAUGUGCGUUCUCGUCGCCGGAGUCGUCAUGUUGACCUACAAGAAACCCGAGGAGAGGUCCCCAGCGUCUGGUGUUCCCCUUUCUGCACGAGGACACCGCACCACGAGCGCAACAAAAGGCGGCUUCGAACGCGACGAAGAAGAAGCGCUACACGAGAACGAGGGUGAUGGCAACGAAACCCUUUGGCAGCUCGGCGACGCCUCCGAUGAUGAAGAUGACUCCCACUCCCAGGCUACGCGCUCGCCCCGCCUGGGUCCAUCAUCCCCGCGACUCUCAACACGUAGGACCUCCACACUGCAGCGCGCAGCGUCAUACACUGACAACGACAACGAGGAAACGGGUAUGCUCGCAGCCGCAGCGGAGGAGGAGCGCGAUGAAGCCUUGAAUUCGACGCCAACACAGCCGAGCGCGGCACACUUCGUGGACGACGAUGACGACGCCUUUGGGGCGUGGGAGGAUACGCCGAGUGGAAGGACGCACUAG